CUCCUCGGCAAGAUGGCGGCGCCCAGCUGGGGCGUGCUGCGCCUCCGGGUUCGGGGUUCCGGGCGGGGUGGGGGCAGUCUCCUCUGUCUCGUCCCAAAGCCAUUUUGUACCGCCGCCGCUGCUGCUUCUAAGCCCCUGGACGCCCAACGGUUAGCGGAGAAGCUCCGAGCCCAGAAACAGGAACAAAAGGCGAAGAAGGAGCCGGAGCUCAAAAACCCUGUCCAGCGGAGAGUGCACGAACUAGUGCGGUUCACGCAGCAGCUGCAACGAGUCCACCCCAACGUGCUCGCUAAGGCCCUGAGCCGAGGGAUUGUCCACCAGGACAAGGACCUCGUGGUCAUCAAUAAGCCCUAUGGUCUCCCUGUGCAUGGUGGCCCUGGGGUCCAGCUCUGCAUCAGUGAUGUCCUCCCUAUCCUGGCCAAGGUGCUUCAUGGCCACAAGGCAGAGCCCCUGCAUCUGUGCCACCGGCUGGACAAGGAAACUACAGGCGUCAUGGUGUUGGCUCGGGACAAGGAGGUGGCACACCAGGUCCAAGAGCUGUUUAGAACCCGUCAGGUGGUGAAGAAGUACUGGGCCAUCACCGUGCGCGUCCCCGUGCCCUCAGCAGGCGUCGUGGAUAUCCCCAUCGUGGAGAAGGAGGUGCAAGGGCAGCAGCAGCACCACAAGAUGACGCUGUCCCCAAGCUACCGCAUGGACAAUGGGAAGAUGGUGAGAAUGCGGACCAGCCGGAGCGCGCACGUGGCUGUGACGCAGUACCAGGUGCUGAGCAGCACCGUCUCCUCCGCCCUGUUGGAGCUCCAUCCUGUUACUGGAGUAAAACAUCAGCUUCGCGUUCACCUGUCUUUUGGAUUGGAUUGCCCAAUCCUUGGCGAUCACAAGUACUCGGACUGGAAUAAGUUGGCCCCCCAGAAGCUGUCUGCCGGCACUCUGCGGAAGCUGGGGCUGCCACAGUCGAAGGCCCGCCACCUCCCUCUGCACCUGCAUGCCCGCCAGCUCGUCCUGCCUGCCCUGGGGUCCAGGAACGAGGAGCUCAGCCUGGUCUGCAGGCUCCCUCGAUACUUUGUACGCUCUCUGAGCCGCCUGGGCUUAGAGCUGCCGAGUCAGGAUCCAGACGACAACAAAGCUGAGCCCCUGGGAGCUCAGGGGAGACACCUGGGCCCCUGGGAUCUCCGGGGAGACAGCUGGACAGUGCGCACUGGCCCUGAAUUCUUCCCUUUGUUGAAUGGACGUGGCUGACUUCUCCCGUUGGACAGACUCCAGAAGAGCCAAGUGAGAAGUUGAAGGACCCCAGCUGCUCACGGCUUUUACUGGAAACUGAAGUGUAUUUUCUGCUAUUGGGCCACAUUCUGGGAAAGCCUGUGGGAAGUCUCCCUGCCUCGGGGUCAUCUUGCCAAAAUGGAAGAGAGCCCAGGACCAGGCAGGUGGGGUCAGUAAUUGGAAACGGAGAACUGCAGCACAGAACCUGUGAGCAGGCACUUUUCACCCAACAAUAAAGCUCUUGGUCCACCAGGAA